AUGCCCAAUGAACUUGGCCAAGCCAUAAUUCUACCAGCAACUUUCACAGGCAGCCCACGUCAUAUGCAGGAAUAUUGUCAAGAUGCAAUGACGUAUGUUCGAUCAUAUGGACGCCCAGAUCUGUUUAUUACAUUUACAUGUAAUCCCAAGUGGAAUGAAAUUAUUUCUGAAUUGUCCAAUGGCCAAAAAUCAGCACAUCGACAUGACAUAACAGCACGAGUGUUUAAACAAAAAUUAAAAUCUCUUAUGGAUUUCAUUGUAAAAUGUCAUGUAUUUGGAGAAACACGGUGCUGGAUGUAUUCUGUCGAAUGGCAGAAACGUGGAUUGCCACACGCUCAUAUUUUGAUUUGGUUGGUUGAAAAAAUUACACCUAAUCUUAUUGAUAAUAUAAUUUCUGCAGAGAUACCCGAUCCAAACAUUGAUCCAGAUUUGCACGAAAUUGUAAUUAAAAAUAUGAUUCAUGGUCCAUGUGGAAUCAUUAAUACACAUUCUCCAUGCAUGGUUGAUGGAAAAUGCACAAAGAAAUAUCCACGUCAAUUGCUUCCACAAACAAUCUCGGGAAAUGAUGGAUACCCACUUUAUCGCCGACGUUCUGUGGAUGAUGGUGGCCAAACAAUUUCAGUAAAGAUAAAUGAAAAUGAUGUUGAUGUUGAUAAUCGCUGGAUAGUGCCUUACUGUCCAUUGCUUUCAAAAACCUUUAAAGCGCAUAUAAAUGUGGAGUAUUGUCAUUCUGUAAAGUCUAUCAAAUACAUCUGCAAAUAUGUAACUAAAGGGUCGGAUAUGGCUAUUUUUUCGUUGCAAAAUCCAAACGAUGAAAUUACUCAGUAUCAGAUGGCCAGGUACAUUAGUAGCAAUGAAGCAGUUUGGCGAAUUUUAGGAUUUCCUAUUCAUGAACGGCAUCCCACAGUUGUUCAUUUAUCAGUACAUCUUGAAAAUGGACAACGAGUUUAUUUUACAGAAGGAAAUGCGCGAGAGAGAGCAACAGAACCACCGGCUACAACACUAACUUCAUUUUUUGAUCUUUGCAGAAUGGAUUUAUUUGCUAAAACAUUGCUGUAUUCAGAAAUUCCAACGUACUAUACGUGGAAUGCAUCAACAAGGAAGUUCCAACGUCGUAAGCAAGGGAAACCUGUUGCAGGAUGGCCAAAUUUAUAUUCAACAGAUGCAUUAGGUAGGGUGUAUACUGUCCAUCCCCAAAAUUCAGAAUGUUUUUAUUUAAGACUGCUUUUAAUUAAUGUUCCAGGACCAACAUCUUUUGAGAACUUGCGUACUGUUGAUGGCGAAAUAUGUGCAACGUAUCGAGAGGCAUGCCAAAAACUACAAUUAUUGGAGAACGAUAGUCAUUGGGAAACCACGCUUGCAGAUGCAGCGGCAAUCAACCAUCCUUCGAAAAUAAGAAGCAAUAAUAUUGGUGUCUUGCUCACCAGCCAAUCCAAAAGAACUAUGGAAUAA